GUCGCCGCCCCGGCCCUGCGGAGCGUUCCCAAGAUGGCGGCGCCCAGCGCAAGGAGGGACGGCGGGAGCGCGAGCUUGUGGGCUGCGUUGCUGCUGGCGGCCGUGGCGUUGAGGCCGGCGCGGGCUGUGUCCGAGCCCACGACCGUGGCGUUUGACGUGCGACCUGGCGGCGUCGUGCACUCCUUCUCCCAGAGCGUGGGCCCGGGGGACAAAUACACUUGCGCGUUCACCUAUGCUUCUCAAGGAGGGACCAACGAGAAGUGGCAGAUGAGUCUGGGGACCAGCGAAGACCACCAGCACUUCACCUGUACCAUCUGGAGGCCCCAGGGCAAGUCCUACCUGUACUUCACGCAGUUCAAGGCUGAGGUGCGGGGCGCCGAGAUCGAGUACGGCAUGGCCUACUCUAAAGCUGCGUUUGAAAGAGAAAGCGAUGUCCCUCUGAAAAGCGAGGAAUUUGAAGUGACCAAGACAGCAGUGUCCCACAGGCCCGGGGCGUUCAAGGCCGAGCUGUCCAAGCUGGUGAUCGUGGCCAAGGCAGCCCGCAGUGAGCUGUGACCAGGAGCCCCGCCCGGGGGCGGCUCUUCCUCAUCUCUGCUGAAGGAGCUGGGCCCAGGGAGAGCUGGCAUGUUACUGGUUUUCUAGGGGGGACUGGUUGAUGUUCUCAGAACAUGGAGCAAGGGUCUGAGACCCACUGCCCGUCUUUCUUGCCAAAAGAGGCGCUGGGGCCUGUGAAGGGGCUCCCGGGGGGAAUCACAGCUUCUCUGAAGCCAGUGCGUCGUCUCCCUAUGGAGCAGGCCAGGCUCCAGGUCACUCCCAGGGAGAGGAAUCCUGCUGCCCUGACCCCGAGCCAACUGUUUUCUUACAGUUUUCCCAGGGGACCUUCUUCCAGACUAACUGGGAAGAAAUUAAAUGUUCUUUCACAUUUAAAUAAGAUGGUUGAAAAGCAACCACACAGACUUGGCAA